AUUUAACAUUGUGUCUUAUAAAUAUCAGCUACAUGAUAAUUCAUAAUUGUUGUCUCUCUCUGUACAUCGAAAAUACGAGAUAACUCAUAUUCAGAUGCAAUCAACAUGUUAAUAUACUCGCUUUUAAUUUACAUUUACAUGCAAUUAAUAUUUAUUUGUAAUGCAUAUCUACGUUUAAUCAAAAACCAUUUAUUUUCUAUUUAAGAGAAAAAGCCCUUUUUAAUCAUAGAAUAAUCCAGUUGUGUAUAUACUCUUAUUAAUCAGAUAUGAGACAUUUCCCUUUCUAAUUUUAUGAGUACAAUCGACGGUGAGAUUUUAUGUGCAGAUACAACGUGUACGUUGAAUAUGGGAACGACCCUACUCGCUGUAAUAUUCAUUAUGGUAUUGUUCGCAACUGCAAAUAAUAUCAAUGAACAAUGCCAAGUUCAUAAUGAAAAGUGGAUUACGUGUAGCUGCAUCGGAAACGAGGUAUACGAAUUUUUUCUACCAGAAACAUACGAUUAUACGAACACUCUCAGCGUGUCGGUCACAGGAUGCGUUUCAGCGAAUCUUCAUUACUCCAGUUUUCCGGAGGCGAGCAAUAUCGAGGAAGUAAUAGUUCAAAAUAUCAGUGAUAGCCUGAGUUUUGACGUCUUUUUUUCGUCAAGCCAUAUGAAACUGUUGAAGCUCUCGAACAUUGGUCGGAUACCGAUGAUAUCGAGUCACACGUUCACGUACAUGAAAGCUAUUGACACGCUUGCAAUCGAGAAUACGCUUAUCGAGACUCUCGAGGAAGAUUUUGCCUAUAUCAAUAUCUCGCACUUCAUCAUGAUGAACGUUACGAUCGAGCGAGUAUCCUGCCUAAACGUUUCCGAAAAGGGCACGAAGUUGCGCAUAGUGAACAGCAAGCUGCAUAAUGUCAUGGAAACCUUGAAUUUCGCCAAUUUCUUAAACAUCGAGAUCAUUGGCUCCAAGUUCGAAAUGCAGAAACCGGGGCUAAUGUCUAUCCAAGGCGAUGUCGCCAUCGUAAAAAACAACAUUUUCUCGAACGUGAGCAUGAACUUGGUCACCACGACUGCCAUUGUGAUAAACGGCAUUUGCGCGGAUGGCAAGAGCACUCUGAGGCUCAGUUCGAGGAGUAUUGAUAGCACAGAUAACAGACUACCGAAUGAAAUAGCUUAUCCAGGAAACGAUCAGCGUGGAGAACCUCUCACGGAAUUUCUCACUAUUCGAAACAAUACGGUCUGCAAAGCAGGCAACUGCAAAUGUUCAAUAAGUAGCGGACAAGCUUCGUAUUCUAACCGCGUCAACAUAAUAUACAUUUUCUUGUUAACAGAGUUCAUAUUUAUACGCUAUCUUUGAUGCUUUUACUAUGUUGUAAUACUAACAUAUGAUCUGAGUCUGGCUAGAUAAAACCGGUUCGUGAAAAGUCAAUCUCGAUUCAAUAUUAUGAUCAAAAUAUAAAAUAAUUUAAAAAAAUAUA